UCAAAAGUCAUAGCUUUCAAACUGCAUCACUCAGUGGCUCACGAGAUACCUCUGAAGACCCUGUCUUUGAAUUCAUAUUUCUGCUGCUAAACUACAACGCCCCCGUGAAAUUUCACCUCUCUCCUUUUUCUUUUCUUUUCUCUGGAAACAAUCUGCAUUUCCCAUGAAAUUUGCUGCUUCUUUUUUAAUUUUGCCAUGAAACCAAACAAAACCAUGGCAUGAAUGAUGAAACCCCAUACUAACUUUCUCUACUUGUUAGUCGUUUAUAUGCAUCUCAUUGCCCUCCCAUGAAAAUUUUCUUUUUCCUUUCCUCCAAUGUUCUGGGAAAAUGGAAACUUGUUGUUUGGGAAAUGAAAACUCUUUUUCAUGAAAACCAUUUCCUCUUUUUCAUUCUUCUACCAAACCCAUGUUUUUGAAUCAGUUCAUGCACUUCCUGAAAUCAAUGCACACAUUCAGAAGGAAAAUACCUUUUGAUUGUUUGUUUUUGGACUGAAUAAAACUUUCCCAGAAAAAAAAAAAAAAGGUUCCUCAUAACUGUAUCAACAUAAAAAAAGAGAGAGGAUAAAACAAGAAAGAAAAAAGAGGCCUUGGAAAAUCUUCAAAUGGGAACCUCAUGUUUCCAUGCAUUUCGCCUUCGAAAAUCAAGGAGCAAACAUUUACAACUCCCUUCUUCAUCAAGGUCACGUUUGAGUGAUAUGGAGAAUAUGGAAAAGAAGAGAUUUGACAGCUUGGAGUCAUGGUCCAUGAUUUUAGACUCUGAGAACGUGGAGACAUGGGAGGUUUCAAAGGAGGAUCAAGAAGAGUGGACUGCUGACCUUUCUCAGUUGUUUAUAGGUAACAAAUUUGCCUCUGGAGCUCACAGUAGGAUUUAUCGUGGGAUUUACAAGCAGAGAGCUGUUGCUGUUAAAAUGGUGAGGAUCCCUAACCAAAAGGAGGAGACUAGGACCAAACUUGAGCAGCAGUUCAAGUCUGAAGUUGCUUUGCUCUCACGCCUUUUUCACCCAAAUAUUGUUCAGUUUAUUGCUGCUUGUAAGAAGCCACCUGUCUACUGUAUCAUCACAGAAUACAUGUCACAAGGGACUCUGAGGAUGUACUUGAACAAGAAAGAGCCGUACUCGCUAUCAACCGAGACGAUACUGAGGUUAGCACUAGACAUAUCCCGUGGAAUGGAGUAUCUUCAUUCACAAGGUGUGAUACACAGAGACCUCAAGUCGAAUAAUCUGCUUCUAAAUGAUGAAAUGCGGGUUAAGGUGGCGGAUUUCGGUACAUCAUGUCUGGAAACGCAGUGCCGAGAAACUAAAGGAAACAUGGGAACUUACCGCUGGAUGGCUCCGGAGAUGAUAAAAGAGAAACCUUAUACUAGGAAAGUCGAUGUGUACAGCUUUGGGAUUGUAUUAUGGGAGCUUACAACAGCUUUGCUUCCUUUCCAAGGAAAGACCCCUGUGCAGGCUGCAUUUGCUGUGGCUGAAAAGAACGAACGACCUCCACUACCGGAGAGUUGUCAGCCAGCACUGGCGCACCUCAUAAAGCGCUGCUGGGCAGCAAACCCUGCAAAGCGGCCGGACUUCAGCGACAUUGUUUCCGCCUUGGAAAAAUACGACGAAUGUGUUAAGGAAGGCCUUCCAUUAACUUCCCACUCCGGACUUGUCAACCGAAAUGUCCUCCAACGGUUAAAGGGAUGUGUAUCUAUGAGCUCAUCUAUACCUGUACAUGCCUGACUCUUAUAUAUAUAUAAAAAAAAAAAAAAAAGAAGAAGAAGAAGAAGAAGAAAAGGUAAUUUUCUUGGUCAUUCUCUCUUCAAGGUCAAGAUUACAUAAUAAUUUGUACAUUUUUCUUUUAAUUAUCCAAGCCAUGGUGGGUGGAUCAUUAGAAGUGAUUUAGGAUUUGAACCCACUAUUUACUAUUGUUUUCCCUACUUGGUUUGGCCAGUUUUUAUUUCUGACCAAGAAAUUACAGAUGAUGAUGGGAAAAACAAUAAGAAUAGAAGAGAUAGAAGGAUAAUGUAAAAAGUUGGAUAUUGUGAUUGAAUCCAUAAUUGUAGGAGCUAUGGAAUGGUGGGUCUAACUUGGGGUUCAUUAGUAUAUAAAUGAUACUGUUGUUGUUUAUUAUGUUUUACAGAUUGAAGAAAUUAUUCUUUUUUACUUUCUUUCAAGGAAA